AUGAAAGAACCCGAAAUAAGAGCGGUUGAAUCCCCUGUUCCAAGCCACUGGUCCUAUACGCCAGCCAGUGAGCCAUAUACACGAGUGACGUUAGACUCAUCUUCAUGGGAAUUCAAAAAGGUGGAACAACUAUUCAAAGCGUCGAUGAGUAAUGUGGUGGUCAAGAAAAUCGACCAAGUGCAGAAUCUCUUCAUGUGGGAAAAAUAUCGAAGGAAAAAAGACUACAUGACACAACUAGCAAACGGUGAUCAACAGAGGGUCAACGAGAAAAGACUUUUUCAUGGAACCAGUCCAGAUUCCGUAGAGGCUAUCUGUAAAGAGAACUUUGAUUGGCGUCUAAGCGGCACUGCGACCGGUACUAAGUAUGGUCAAGGAAGCUACUUUGCGGUGAAAGCAUCCCACAGCCACAACUACGCAAAAGAAGAUGCCAAUAAGUCUCGAUUUAUGUUCAUGGCCAAAGUCCUCGUGGGUUCGUAUGUAAAGGGAAACCCCAACUAUCGAAGACCACCCCACAAGCAACCUUUGAAUGAAGCUGGUAUCCUUUAUAACGACUCCUGUGUGGAUGACGCGUUAAAGCCAACUAUGUUUAUUGUCUUUGACAUUGAUCAGUUCUACCCAGAAUAUAUCAUCCAAUAUUGA